AUGGCCGAUAUGUCGCAAGAGAACGCGGCCAUCAAGAUGUCUUCGUCCCCAAGUCCAACCGCGUCAAACUCAGCCAGCAGCUCAUCAGCAUCCCGACGACCACCGAGGAAGAGCACCUUGACUCAGCAGCAGAAAAAUCAGAAGAGACAGCGUGCGACUCAGGAUCAAUUGGUCACUUUGGAGAUGGAAUUCAACAAGAACCCGACACCCACAGCCACCGUGAGAGAAAGGAUAGCGGAGGAUAUCAAUAUGACCGAGCGAUCUGUGCAAAUUUGGUUUCAGAACAGACGAGCCAAAAUAAAGUUGUUGGCAAAGAAAAGCAUCGAAACGGGCGAGGAUUGCGAUGCUAUCCCAGAGUCGAUGCGUCAGUACCUUGCCAUCCAGGCCAUAGAGUCUGGAAAGUCGUUGGGUGGAAACUUUCUCGGCCGUUCUGGACUCAUGCCAUACGGAAGUGGUAGCUUGAUGAUGGGAGGCGACCAAGGUCCUCAAGGCAAAGUUGUGAUCCACCAUCUUUCAUGUCGUUCGCUAAGUAUCGGAUCAUGGAGACGCGUGGGGCAAAAUGCCAUGGAUCUGAUCAUUUUCUACUCGCCGGAGAAGGGAUGCAUGACUUACUACAUCAACAAUGACCAAGCCGGAUACAAGAUUGAGUACCCUUUCGCCUUUAUCAAGAAUAUCUUCCUGGAAAAUGGAGAUAUCGAAUCGGGAAAGCCGGGUGGAUUGGUCGUCGAACUCAAUCGACCUCCAAACUUCUUCAUGGAUUCUUCUGGAUCAGGCGGGUUCUUCCAAUGCGGUGACUUCACGGAGGAUCAACAAGCUUCGCAGAUCAUGGUACAUCAUCUUGGAGGGCAUCCUAAAGUUUUGAGCGGCCAAUUGGCUAAGCUGGUGUCACUGGAGUCUUUCAUGACUCGUCACAAUCCUUUCGAACAUCAACAACUUUCCGUCUCUGCUCCUGUCUCUCCCACUGGCAACCGUCCAGCAUCUCAACCUAAUUACAACGCCCAAGCACACGUCGGAAUGUUCCAAGAAGGAUGGGGUGUCAAUCUACACCAAGGUCCUCGCGGUCCAGGACACAAGAGACAGCGAAGUAGAUCAGUCCCGAUGGCUGUCGACUUUUCUAUGUUUAAUAACCCUAUGCCAUCAUUCCUCAUCCAACACCCAGGCGAGACCCAACAAUCACACAACCCAAACAUAUUCGCGCCUAUACCACAGCAGCCGAACAAUUUGGGCCCUCUCGGACCUAAUCUCAGAAUCGAUACCUCAUCUGGAUAUGGUAUGGAUUUCAGACAAUAUCCCAUGUCUGCAGCCACGACCACAUCUCCUUCCGAAUUCGCUAGCCCUGGCUUCUUCUCCCAAGGCCCAGACACAGGCGCUCUCCCAGCUUCUUCAUAUAAUAACACUCCAUUUACGGUUCCAUAUCUCUCGCCGAAUCCAAUGGUGGACACCACUGGAGGAAUGAUUCAACCAUCAGUCUCUCCGCUCUCCUUCAUGAGCCACGGCAGUCACGGCGACCCAGCAAUCGUUGACCAGUCGCCACCUCUAUCUAUGAUGCACCGAAGUGCUUCAGCAGAUGUGUAUAAUAUGUCACAUGAUCAUUCGAACAUCUCAGACGAUGGAAAUGGAUUGAAUGAGAUGUACUCCAAACACACUCUCAAUCUCCCCAUGCACCCUCAUUCUCCAGCUUUCGCAGAACAGUCACAAGGAGAUAUGGAUAUGAGCCAGUUGGUAUCAUUCGAUGCUGGCGAAAACUCAAGUCUGUCCCCAGAGAAUGUGCCUCAAUAG